AAAUCAGGUAUUAGAGAUACACUGGUGGCCACAUUGGGCUACUGAAGUUACUGCAUUAAAAGCAGGUUUAAACUUGUGACACAAUUAUUGCUGAUGUUGGGAUGCUAAUGAGGCUUGCAGGAGGUUAAAGCUGCUGGUGCAUGCCCCAGAAGAGUUUCUGGUUUUCAAGAUCUGGGAAAUCAGGUGUGCUGCCUUUCUGAGAAUUCGUGUCAAUGAAAGCCCAUGGUGUACUGGAUUGAUGCAGCUUUUCAUAAAUAAUGUCAUAAAUUUUUAAGAUCGCUAGAAGUGUACUCUUGUCUCCCUCUUUGAAAGUGACUGUUUGAGGUGUCUUGUGAGACAUCUUAAAAGAGCAACACUACAAAAAAUAGAAGGAUAUGAAUCCCUAUCAAAUCUGCAAACACAUCUGAGAUCUCUGUACUUCUUUUUACCUCUUUUUUUACCCCAUCAGAAAGAGCCCUGUUCAGCUGAGUUGGUCUGUGAGGAAUUGCUCUUUCAUACCUUGGAGUGUCUGAGUCGCUGUUACUGAACUUUGCCCCCAGGCACUUGUCCUGUAGUAGCCAAGUAUCACCAAACACUCCACUCUGACUGAAGUCCACAGCAGUUACCUUGCACAGCUGUCAUGGGGGAGUGAAAACAAGUCUUGGACCAGGAAAACCGCUCUGGAGUAUUUGCUUUGAAUUUUUAGUUUUGUUUGUUUCCGAUGUUACCUUUGAGCACUGGCAGAAAAGUUGAUUCUGAGAGCCCUGAUACUCCUUGUUGUCUAACCUUGUGUAAUUAUCAGGGUUUUGCAUUACUUAGUGUUUCCCUGGGUCUCAUUUUUCCAGCAUCAGGUGUUGAUGUAUCUUUGAUUCUUGGGUACACUUUGCUGUAUUUUAGCAUUGUUUUACAAUACAUGUACUUUACUAAAGGCUUCUAAUGUGACAACUAGAGUAAUUAGGAAAUCCAAAUGGCAUCAUAACUGAUGCAUUGCUACUCUCCUGCUAGCCCAGUGAAGGCAUCAUGGAUUUUCUUCUUGCCUGAUAACCCAACUAUUUGCAAUUGCUGUACACACACAUGCUUGUUCAAGUAUUUGUUACCUUCUAUUAUUUUAAAUUAUAUUAUUUCCUUGUUGACAUUUUUGCUAAAUUGUGCUGAAAACUAGGUUCAGAAAUUUAGUAUCUCCUUAAAGCACAGAUACUCAUAGAGUUAAGAAUGAAAUAAGAAAAUUUUCUAAAUUCUGACAAACUGUGCUUCUGUGAUUGAUUAGAGGAGGUUGUGUUUAGAACAGACCUCCUGUACAAAAAGGCUGCUCUUCUGCCUUCUGAACCAUUCCCAUAGAGGAUCAGAAGAACCACAGGAGAGCCCUCAUACCAGAUUUGUGUCUUACUAAUCCUGCCCUUGCAGUCUUAAGCAACUGGUGCUAGAACUUGUCAUCUGUAUAUGAAUGUAAGCCCUUGUGCAAACAUCAGGGAGAGAGGGCUUCAGAUGUUAAUCUGGCCGGUAGAAAGGGUACAGGAAGGAUCUGAGCAAUCCUUGAGUCCUUGAAAACAUUUGGAAAUACUCUAGUGGCACCAGGUUAUUCUUUAACACUUAAGACAACAAAGGGUCAAUUAAUUUCAGAUAGUCUAGGGAGCCAAGAAUCAGAGUUCAGCCAUAAGGUUUUGUCUGGAGGAAUGAUUCUCUAUUUUUUUGAAAUUUUUUAAAAAUUGAAAUAGCAAUUAAUUGACUCGGCUGUUGUCUUACAGGUGCUAUUCAGGGUUAGAGUUAGCAUCCUGCCGAACUGCAGUCAGGUAGCUGGUGAGUGCUGGAGGCAUCCUGCCACACUCCCAGCCGUGCAGGGGUGCACAGAGCUGUGUGGCUCAUGCUCUCCCUGGGUGUGAGGACUCACAAGACACAGCCCUUCUGUUCCUCAAUGGCUUGUAUCUAAACAAAGUGUUACAGGCAGCUGCACUUCAUUGACUAGUAAGAAAUGAAUAAAAGAGCAGUACAAAUGAGGGUUGCUCUGUGAAAGUUAUACUAAAAUUCACAGGAGCUUUUAACAGAGAUACUGUCAGCAGUUUUGAUUCUUUCUGGGAGAGAAUCCUUCCUGGGCCUUCUCUUAGACCUUAAAAUAAGUCAGAAUGAUUCAGCUAUUUUAUAACAAUUGCUAUUAAAUUUCAGGAAAUGUGCAUCUAGCAUGUGCUGUACCACCUGUAGAGUGUACAGGCUUUGCUGUUUUAAGAGCCUGGGCUUCUGAUGAUGGCUUUAUGCAAUUUGUGACAAUGCUGAGAAUGUGGCAUCAAGAGACUUUUUAUACUCUGCCAGAUAAACUGCUUGCCUUGAAUCUCCUUCUGCUUCCUGAGCCCCAGGUAUAGGGAAUUUGUAGAUCUCAGAGCGAGGAUGUGCUUCCACAGCCCUGCCCCAGCCCUGUGUGCCCGUGUGUAGCAGUUCAUUGAGGGAAGUCUGUGGGUGGUGCCAAGGCAGUAGCGACCUCAUUGGUGCCUCAGGUAUUUUGCAAUUUUCAGGUCUGAUGUUUUUUUCCAAGUGUAGAGGCAGUGUGAAGAGAGGCAUGCUUUCUUUUCCAGUAGUCAUUGCGAGGUGACGUGUGCCGAGGUAAGUGGGCUGUAUUUAUAUUGUUGGACAAAGUGCACUGGCAAUUGAAUGCUGCUGAUUUUCACCUAAGACCAGGCUGGAGAGAGCACUCUUGCAGGAGCCUUGAUCUCUGGGAGUUCUGAAGGCUGAAAAAAAUCACAGAUCCCAACAUUUUUUACCAUGAAGAGCUCCAGAAAUGUUUUCUAUCUUCUCUUCUUUCAUGCUGGUAAGUGUCCUCCAAAUGCUUUUUCUGUGGCAUGGGAACUCUGUGGGAUGUGAGAGCAGAAUAAAACUCGAACCACUUCAGAGCCAAUCUCAUAUGGCCAGGAAAAUAAACAGAAGGAAGUAAUAGAAAAGCAGUAGAAAAAGCUGUAUUUAACACCAUGUAUAAAUCUUGAUUCAUUGGUGUCAAAUGUUGUAUUUCUUCAGCACUGAAUCACUUUUUCUGGUUCAAUGGUGUCUGUUUUUCACAACGAUGAGCAGUUCUAUGACACUUUGUAAAAACAGAAAUAAUUGCUUUAUUUCACUUCUUAUGCUCUGUGCAACAUGUUGGCUUUCUCCUGUCACUCACAAAUUGUAUUGGUGAGUGCUUUUAAUUUCACCAGAGAUGUAGGUGCUGCUUUUGAAGCACUCUUCACUUCUUCAGAAAAGAAAUGGUCCUAGUUAAUUAUUUUCCUUUUUUUCCCAUCCAUUUUUUUUUCUGUUGAAAGCCCUUGAUACUGUAGCAGUAGCAGCUGUAUACAUAGGCGUUUGAUAAGGUGUUAUACCAUGUAGUAGCAUUACUUUGAGGAGUUUUGGGAUGUUUGUCAGUGACAGUUAUGGGUGUGUUAGGACUCGGAGCGUAUUUCAAAAGGAAGUUGCCUGCUUCUUCCAUUUCAGGCUUUUUAUGUAUCUACUGGUAAACAGAAGGGCCAAAAUUGAGAAUAAACUUGGGUUUAGACACUGACCUGAUGUUUUAAGCUGGUUUUCCUUGGCAGUAGAAAGAGAGGCUAACUGCAGGCCUUGUCUGAUCAAGCCCAGUUCAUAUGGGCUAACUUGUAAGGAAGGGGCCAGGAUAUUGCCCAGAUCUGACUUCCCUCUAACAACAAAAUUCGGCAAUUAAGCAAUAAAGACUUGGUUUUGAUGAGUGAGGAAAAAACCAAGAGAUUCAUGCUGUUUCACUAUUUCGGCUGAAAUAGAGAGCUAAAUGAACUUUGUUUCAGGUAUAUGGCUAAUGAUUUUUUCAUACAGUUCAUGCUUUAACUCUUGUGUCUAUAUGUAAAAUCAGAAUGCUGAGGCUGAAAAAUAGCACUUAGCACACACUGAGAUGCUGACUCCUCAGUUUAAUUUCUAUUUGCUUAUGUUUACAAAAAGAAGACCCCAAAACUAAAACCAGAAUUUUUCUUCCAAUUCCAAGGAAUUAAUGGUGAAAAUUUCACCCCAACAGAUGAGGUAGUACAGACAUUAAGUUUCUGUGAGGUGUAUUUUUAUCAUGACCUGUUGUGCCUUUCUCCCGACCCUCUUGGUUUUCAGAAUUCCUGCAACUCAGAGUUGGGCAGUUGUUUCUCCCUCUACUGGCAUAUGCUGCCAUGAAAGCUUCCUGUAAGCUUUCCAAGUCUGACUUAGUGUUUGUUGACAGCAGUAGAGUUGGCUCUUGUUGCAGAGGAACAGCAAGCCAAACCCACUGUUUCACUAUUGGAUCUUUUGGCAUCAACAGUCUUGUUUAGUCUGCAGGCACUAAGUCAGAAGUUGUGCACCGAGCACUAUCGGGCACCAGUGGAGUCAUUUUUAACUUGCACGGUCAGAUGUGGCAUCUCAGCUGCAUGGCACUGGGGGGAAGCAGGGGGCAGUUAGAGGUGUUAGAAAACCACAUGAUAAAUGGUUUACAACAGACUAGAGCUUAAAAAUGGAAAUUGUAGACAAGCAGUGGAAUGUUUGUCCCUGCUUACGAAAAUGACCGUGCCUGUUUGUCAGUGUAACCCACGCUCGUGUUUCCAUUUCACCGCACUGUCUGCGCACGAUGACAUCUCCCUACAAAAGCAACCAAGUGUUUGUAGCUUUGGCACUUAGGAGGGUGACGUUUGGGGCCACUGAAAGGCACCUUUCUUUGCUAAUUAAUGGAAAUCUCCACUACUCAACAUGAGUCUUUUCAUUCAUGGCUCUGCCCUCCUCUUUUCCUGACUGUGGUUAUGAUCUCUUAUGAAAGACUGUUUUGAAGGGCCAAGUUUACUUUUUAAGUUUUCAUAAUAAACCUAGUGGCAAGGCUUUUGAGCACCUAAGGGCUGGUGCAGGACUCCAGAUACUAACAAGCAAUACUUGAGACAGGAGCUGUCUUUGGACAGUCUCUUUGGUCUUGCAGCAUGCAAUUUUAAAUCAUAAUUUCACGUACUUUUAACUUGAUUAAGAUGGUAUAUUCUGCAAGGUGUUUAAAACAGUCUGGAUGGCCUGAUCAAUUCUAUGCUAGCUGUAUUUCUUAUGUUAAAAACAAAUGCCAUUGGAUUUCAGUUAUCUGAGUCUGAUCUUGUGGUCAGUCCAAAAAAAGUAAAGUAUUCAUGUUAAUUGGAAUGAAAAUGGGAGUCAUCUUUAAGGACUCACAGUGAAGUGAGCCCUGAUUUUUUUCUGUAGAAUGAAAGUUUGUCUCUAAAUGGCAAGCUCUGUUACAAAAGUUCUGAUGUGUUUUGUAAUAUUUUCCCUUGGUGUUGUGUUUGCAGCUUUCAGCCUGGAGCGUGUCCGCUGGUGCACGGUGUCUGAGCAGGAACUUUCCAAGUGCAAUGACAUGAGCAAGGCCUUUGGUGAGGCUGGCAUCCUUCCCCCUCUGGAGUGUACAGCAGGGGGGUCAGCUGCUAACUGUACCCAGAUGAUCAAGGAUGACUUGGCAGAUGCAGUGACCCUCAACGGCCGUUUGAUUUUCCAGGCUGGAAAGGAGCAUGGUCUGAAACCUGUGGUUGGGGAAGUAUAUGAUCAAGAGAUUGGAACUGCCUAUUAUGCUGUGGCUGUGGUAAAGAGGAGCUCCAACAUCACCAUCAACAGCUUGAAGGGCGUGCGCUCCUGUCACACAGGCAUCAACAGGACUGCAGGCUGGGAUGUGCCCGUGGGUUACCUCACUGACACCGGGCGCCUGGCAGCAAUGGGAUGUGACCUUCCAAAAGCUGUAAGUGACUAUUUCAAUGCAAGCUGUGUUCCUGGAGCAAAUGGUGUGAACUAUCCGAAAUCCCUCUGUCAGCUCUGCAAAGGGGACUCACAAGGACAGAACAAAUGUGAACGAAAUUCCCAAGAGCAAUACUAUGACUACAGUGGUGCUUUCAGGUGUUUGGCUGAUGAUGCUGGAGAGGUCGCUUUUGUGAAGCACAGCACUGUGCCUGAAUAUACAGAUGGGAGAAGCCCUUCUUCCUUGGCCCAGCAGUUCCGCUCCCGGGACUUCCAGCUGCUGUGUCGCGAUGGCAGAAGAGCUGAUGUGACAGAGUGGAGACGCUGCCACCUGGCCCGAGUCCCCGCUCGCGCUGUGGUUGUGCGGCCCGACACAGACGGGACAGUUCUCUUCCGGCUCCUAAACCAGGGACAACAAAGAUUUAAUGGGAUGGACGCCAAGUUUCAGAUGUUUGAUUCUGCAGUCUACGGUGCCCAAAAUCUUCUGUUUCGAGAUGCCACCACAGAGCUUGUUGCAAUCACAGCUCAGAAUUACCAGGCAUGGCUGGGUGAUGACUAUCUUCAUGUCAUGGAAGCCCUGAGCUGCAACCCCAACACAGUGCCAGAAAGCCUGAACUGGUGUGUUGUAUCCACUGAGGAGAUUUGGAAAUGUGGUGAAAUGGCUGUUGCCUUUAGAAAAAAGAAUUUGAAGCCAGCAAUUCAGUGUAUUUCAGCCGAGACAAAGGAAAAGUGCAUGGAGCUGAUCCAGAAAAAGGAAAGUGAUGCUGUAGUUCUGGGUGGAGCUGAUAUUUACACAGCUGGGAAGACAUAUGGCCUUGUACCAGCUGCUGGAGAAAGUUACUCUGCUAAUGACAGCAGCAAUGCAUACUAUGCUGUGGUGUUAGUGAAACGAAAUCAGUCCAAUGCAUUCACCAUCAGUGACCUGAAAGGGAAGAAGUCCUGCCACACAGGAUUGGGGAGAAAUGCUGGAUGGAAUAUUCCCAUUGGUAUACUAAUUAAGAGGGGGAUUAUUAAGAACAAAGCCUGUAAUAUUCCUCAAGCUGUGAGUGAGUUUUUCUCUGCCAGCUGUGUGCCCUCAGCUGAGCAGGACAAUUACCCAGCAAAGCUCUGUCAGCUGUGUAUCGGAGACGAGAGUGGAAACAACAAAUGCAGUGCAAGUAGCCAAGAACGUUAUUACAGCUACAGUGGAGCCUUCAGGUGCCUGGUAGAGGAUUCUGGGGAUGUGGCCUUUGUGAAGCACUCGACAGUGUUUGAGAACACAGAUGGUAAAAACACUGCUAGUUGGGCCCAAAAGUUGAAGUCCAGUGAUUUCCAGUUACUGUGUCCAAAUGGUGCCCGUGCUGAAGUCACCCAGUUUGCUGAUUGUCACCUGGCUCAGGUGCCAGCUCAGGCUGUUAUGGUUCAUCCAGAUGUCAAUGUUUUUGCUGUAUAUGGACUACUGGACAGAGCCCAGGUCUACUUUGGAAAUAGCAGCAAUGGAAAUGGAUUCAACAUGUUUGAGUCUUCAACUUUUCAGGGAAAAGACUUGAUUUUUAAGGAUUCUACUCUCGAGAUUGUGCCAGUAGAAGAGAAGAGAACAUACACAGACUGGCUGGGGAGUGAAUAUAUUGAGUCCCUUGAAGGGAUGCAAACACCCCAGUGCUCUGGGGCAGGUAAUAAGAUAACACAGUACUCACUCAUGGCUACUGUCAUUCCCCUGCUUAUUUUAUGUCAGAUACAAGGCUUGGACUAGCACAGUCCAAGUGGGAACUUCCAGGCCACCUCUGUGCUGCCACCUUCUCUUCAGAAAAGCUGCUGUCUGGAUAACAUGCUGUGCUACCGUGUGAAUGCCUCUUCCUGCCUCUUUGCAGGGCAAGUGCCAACAGCAUCUGCUCAUCAGGGAGUGGGGUAGGGCUAGAAGCUGCCCCUGUCUGUGUGCAUGGGGUGGAAUUUGGGGCAGAAACUAGCAAUACAGAAUCAACAUGGUUUACAAGAUCAGUCUAAAACUGGAGCAUCUCUGCCGUUGUUGCUGAUAUUGAACCACCCAGGAUUCCCAAGAACUGUUAGAUGUAUACUGGGUUUCCGACCUGUAGAAAAUUUCUUGGAAGGCAAUGUCAGAACUCCCGUCUAGUGAAUUCUCUCUCUAGUGGCCUCCUGGCUUGUUAUGUUCAGACUCCACAUCCCUGCUUCACACAUCCCACCCUAUUUCUCCUGAGCUCCACUGCUACAGAGAUAAGUGCACAGAGAAUGGACAGGCUGUGAACAGAGACCAGUCCAGCUUCUGCCAUGGACAAAGUCUUCCACCUUCCAGCAGAAGAAAGUGGGGAAAUUUCCAAAGUCACUGGAUGAAAAAGAUGCCCAGAGAGACUGGAAGGGAGACUACCCUUUGACAGAGAAAAGAACAAAGCCAUAUGUGAGCAUCCAGUGAGUUUAUUGACUCUCCACACCCAGUGUUCUCAUGACUGGCCAGAGAUGUCCUGUCAUCUUUAGUUUGAUGCAGCAUUCAUCAAGAACCUCAUGAGUGUCCUUCCACAUGGAGCAAUCCUGAGUGCCUUGUGCAUGAAACUUGUAUUUGCUGUAGGUGAAACAAAGUACUUCACUAAAGUACUUUUACAGUAGAAAGUACUGGCUGUUGCAUUCAGGUUUUAUUUUUAUCCAUAGUUGCACUAACCACAGAUCUUGCUGUGCUGCUGGCAGGCACUCUCCUCCUGACUGCAGAGACCACCUCAUGAUCCUGGGACGAACGGACAUUUGGUGUAAUGAAAACCUGGUAAAGCCAGAUAGUAAUCAUGUAAAUAAGUGAAAAUAGCAAAUAAACAUGAGAAGUAAUCACACUUUAA